AGAGCAACACAAUGGAGAGAAAGCAGCUGAAAUCACGUUAUACAAUACAAUGCAUUUAAUUAUUAUAAUCUUGAGCAUUUAAAGUGUCACUACAGCAUGUUUAAGCGGUUCCCCGAAGAAUAUCACUAUGGAUAAUCGUUGUUACUGCUGUGCAUCAAAGUUCACUCUCUUCAGAAAAGAGUUGGGUUGUAAAAACUGUGGCCAUUCUUUCUGCUCUGGGUGUCUGACAUUCAAUGCUGUUGUGCCAAAAUAUGGAAACAGCCAGCAGAAAGUCUGCAAACAGUGUUAUGGAAACUUAACAAGUCCAGGCAACCAGAAUGAUGCUGGCAAAUGGUCCCCACCUGAAAACUACAAAAAGCGAGUUGCUGCUCUCGAAGCCAAACAAGCUCAGCAGAAUCAGCCGUCCAGACCCGGAGGUGGAAAGAACAACACUGUGAGUCGGGUUUCAACCCGAGGACUCAGUAAAGAGGACCAGGUCAUCGCAGAACGACUGAACAAGCUGAAAGAGGAAACCAAGCCCAAGUCCAUCCCAUCAGAGCAGGAGCUGGAGUCUCGUCUCGCUGCCCUAAAAGCACCGGUUCAGCCCGUGCCUUCGGAUAAAGACAUGGAGGAGCGUCUGGCUGCUUUACAAGGAAGGCCUGCGCCCUCACAAGCCCCACAGCCUGUUCAUCAGCCGCCCGACAGCAGGACUCAAACAGAACAGACCAAUGAAUUGAUCACCCAAAUGACGGAGGAAGUUGCUAUUGAUGACCAGUAUCCAUCGUCAGAGGACGAACCAUUAAACGAUCUUAAUAAACAAGAGGGAGGGGGGGUGAAUGAGAACGUGGAUGACGGCGAGCUGUCAGUCAAUCAGAUGGAGGCGGAGCAAAGCCGCGUGAUGGAGGAGGCCAUGCAGGAGCUGAAGAAAGACAAGCACAACGAGGAGCAGAUGCGAGAGACGGCCAUGAGACUCGCUGUUCUGCAGGGACACGAUCCAGAACAAGUCAGACUGUCAGAUUUCCAGCAGCCUGACAGUGAUGAAGAGACCGAAGAAGAGGCCAUCACCAGAGUGAUGAAGAAGCUAUCAGAGGAGGCGACUCUAGACGAGGCCAGCGGAUUCAACAUCCCACCAGAGCUCAGCGGCCCAAUGAACCGAGAGAAGGACCCGUCCAGCAGGAGACCGGUCUCAGGCCAGCGUCUGCCAGCGUCUGCGUCUCAGAUCCAGCGCUGUAAUGAUGAAGACAGUGAUGAAGAUGAUGAGGAAGAGCUGCCGUGGUGCUGCAUCUGUAACCGGGACGCCAGUAUCCGCUGCCACACGUGUGAUAGAGAUCUGUUCUGCGCUCGCUGCUUCAGGGAAGGUCACGACAAAUAUGACAGGAAACAGCAUCGCACCGCUACAUAUACGGCCCCUAAGAAAGCCAAGAAGAAAACAUGAACCUCCAUGCGCAGAAAUGUGAAUAUAGAUAUAUAUAUACACACAUAACUCUACAUGCUUCUGAACUAGACCUCUCCGAUAGCCAGCAGAAAUAUUAAUGUUGCUUAUAUAUGUUUUGCAAACACAAAGCAGCCUUAGACUCAAGAUUGUUCAA